AUGUUCGGCCUUACUGCCCUCAGCAUAGGGCUGGCUGUUGCCCUCUCAUAUUUGGUGCUCGAGUUCCCCCGGGUAAAUAACUCCGACCCGGCGCCGACAAACACAGGGAGCGUGCUAACCACCAACCAGCUGCACCAAAGUUGGCGAUUGUGGUCUUACCACUCGCAACUCCCACCGGGGCCCAAAACACUCAAGACCGGUAUUCGAAAACCAUGGUUAUGGUUCCUCGAACUAAACAAGCAGUAUGGCGACGUGGUAUACCUGCAGAUGGGCCCAACCCCUACCAUCAUCUUGGGCUCGGCGCAAGCAGCCUGGGAUCUGCUCGAGAAGCGCGGCGCCAUCUACUCGUCCCGGCCCCGCUUCAUUAUGGGCGGUGAGCUCCUAUCCAACGGCAUGCGUGGGUUGAUGGCCCCCUACUCCAACUUCUGGCGCCGCUGGCGGAAGUUGCUGCACAGCGGAUUCAUGCAGCGCCAGAGUGAGACGUACCGGCCGAUCCAGGCACUUGAGUCGAAAGUGCUCAUGCAUGAGCUCCUGACUAACCCCAAGGACUACCGGACGCAUCUCGAACGUAUCCCUGGAAAGUAUGCCGUCGAACGCUACCCAGCACUCAAAUACAUACCUGCUAUGUUUGCUCCGUGGAAGGCCCAGGUGCUGGAGCAGCGGAAGAAGGAUAUCCAGAUGUACACUGGUCUCAUGAACGAUGUCAAGAAGAGGUUGGCGGCGGGUUCACUACCGAACUGCUUUGCCAAGCAUCUUCUCGACGAGCAGGAGAACCUCGGCAUGACCGACUUGGAAGUAGCUUACGCCGCGGGUACCCCUUUUGGUGCGGGCGUGGAAACAUCUGCAGGUUCGCUGGCUAGUUUCUUCCUCGCGUGUGUUAAGUUCGGCGACAGCUUCAUCCCCAAGGCGCAGGCCGAGCUCGACAGGGUUGUAUGUGGUGACAGGUUACCCACGUUUGAUGACUUGGCUUCUCUGGAGUAUGUGCGGGCCAUUGUCUCGGAGACUCUCCGAUGGCGACCUGUGGCCGUCCUUGGUGGCACACCACAUGCAACGACGGCCGACGAUGUGUACAAGGGCAUGUUCAUCCCAAAGGGCAGCACGAUCAUUGCGCCGUUGUGGAGCAUCCAUCUGAACGAGGAAGACUUCCCAGAUCCGCACAAGUUCCAACCAGAACGUUUCCUCGGGGAGCGCGAGUAUCCCGGUAAUCUAGGGCACAGCGCAUUUGGCUGGGGCCGCCGCAUCUGCCCUGGCCUGCACCUGGGAUCCGCUUCCGUGGCCAUAAAUAUUGCCCGGAUAUUGUGGGCGUUUGACGUCAGGCCUGCUCUAAAUGUCAAAGGGGAAGUGGUUGAUGUCGACAUUUUCGCCUUUUCGGACGGGUUCAACUCGAGUCCCCUGCCAUUCGAAUGCUCCAUCAAGCCCCGUUCAGAAAGGCAUGCGCGUGUGAUCGAGAGCGAGUACCAGGAAGCCUGCGGAGAGUUGCGUCGAUACACUGCAGCGGCAAACUAA